AAUUAACUAUUUCUUCAAGUUCUUUUUUCGCUAAUCCCUCAUUCACUCUUGUUUUGCAGCCUCUCUAGCCUCUGGAUGUCAUCGCAUAGCUCAACGAGUCUGGCCCGUUGGAUUGCGGCUGCGAUUGCUAUUUCGUUUAAGGUUCAUUUAGCCAUCGACGUCAUUUGCGCGAUUGCAGCUGAAACAAAUGCGCCGUUGAGACCAUAUCGUGCCAACCAAGUCUUGGAAGUCGACGAUUCAGAUCAUGGCAGGUCGAAAGGAGGGAAAGCUUGCAUAGACCACUGCUACUAAUAAUAAGUGACUGCCCUAAGUAUUGGCACCCAACGCGGCGGGGUUGUGCGCACAUUAUGGCAGCUCCAGAAGAGACAAAAGGGCAUUUCCCCUCGCUCUCUUCCCACUCAGAAGCUGCAGGGACUGGCCUUGCCGAAUUUCUUCCAAUCCAUACAGACGUCGCAGAUCCCGAGCAUGUCGAGACAGCAAAUCAUCUUUCUGACGAGCCCACGCUAUCACAUGCCCUUGCAAUGGAUGACCACGAAGAGAAAGGUGCUGCCCAGUUGGAUCAUUUCGAGGAAGAUGUAAAAGACUUGGGAUGGUUCAAAAAGAAGGAAGACAUGCCAGGGCCGCUUGUGGGCGGUCUAGACAACGAAGAGUUAUGGCUUCUCAUCCGACGAUUCAACAAGCAGAUGUACCAUGUAAAGGAGGUCACCAGCGCUGUUCCCGGAAAUCUCGACCUCAAUAUCGCAGACGAGGAAGAGUUCUCGCCCGACAAGCUGAGGGCCAACGUUGAGAGGCUCUAUAUGACUGUUCUCAUUAGCCUAUUAGGAGCUACCAAGCAUAUAGCGCGUCUUCGGUCAUGGCGUGAGACGAGGCGAACGACUGCUUUUUGCGCGGUCUACACGGUCGCAUGGCUAUUUGAUUUCAUUGUACCAUUGCUCGUUGUAACGUUCAUCACCUUGAUCGUGUAUCCGCCCUCUAGAGACGUCAUGUUCCCACCGGCGCCUAUCGCCUUGGUGGACAACAAGUCUGGCGGCGUACAGAAACCAAAGUCUGGUGUGCUGGGCAGUCACGAUUCCGCGACGGGUGCUCCCGAAAACCACAAAGGUGAAGCGGUUGAACAGGAAGCCAGCAACUUUUUCAAUGGCAUUACCUCUGUCGUUAUCACCAGUGCAACUGGCAAGCACCCACAAGGCGACCCUGACUCCGAUGGCAAAGAUCCCGGGGAACAAGUGCCGGACCCCAGUGGAGCUGCUCUGAAGGCAGUAGACGCAAAAGAUAUUGCCGCAGGUGGGAAGCCAUCUAAGCAUCAUGACAAGACGAAAGUCCCUAUGGAAACCACCGUUUGGACCAAGAUGAGACCCGUCAUGCAUGGUGUCGCCGACGUAUCUGAUACCUGGGAACGAUUCAGCAAUGCCCUGUCACCAACUCCACCAUUUCCCCACGACAUCUACCGCUUGAGACUUGCAGCAGUUAUUGCGCCACUCUUUUUUGUUUCUCUUUUCGUCACCUCCUACAUGUUCAUGAAGGGCCUUACAUUUGGCGUAGGCUUUGGCUUCUUCGGUGAUCCAGUCAUCACGCGUGGUAUCGUACUGCUAAACCGCAAGUUCCCUCACUGGCAGAAGCUUCUGGAACUUCGCAACACCAUUCUCAAGGGGGUACCUACCAAUGCACAGCUUACUCUAACACUUCUUCGUAUCGGAGAGGCGAACAAGGCGCCACUACCACCGGCACCUCGUACCAUGGAAGCACCACCGGAUCGCCCGGCUGCCGUGACCGAAGACGAGCUCCGCGCAACUGGAGCAGACUAUCCUCUGAACGCUACCAAUGAAGAACUCGACGAGGCUAUCCAACACGACCCCACAGUGAAGCAUGAAACAGAUGGCCAAGACAUUGACGAUGCAAAGAGUCCCAAACAUGGACGUAAAGGUAGUAAGGUUGUCAAUUUCUUUAAGGGCAUGACCAAAGGUGGCGUUAAGACGACCAUGGGUCUCGACAAGGUGCGCGCCAAGGCUGGCUCCCACCAUGCCAAGGACAGACUGGGUGCGGCUCCCAAGCCUAGCGAGCAGUUGCUGUCCGGGCCAGUCUUUUUCAAGGGCCGCCACAACGGAUUGAAAGGACACAUAUACAUUUCGACGAAAGCUACUAUCCCUGCUGUCGCUUUCAGUACCGAUAGUACCAUCGAAAGAAUUGGUACCGAAGACAGAGAAGACCUGCACCCACUCUGGAGCAUACCUGUAGCCGACAUCAAGGAACUGAAGAAGACUGGAGGCUAUGGCUGGAAGGCAAAGAUUGUUGUGGGUUGGUCUCUUGGUAGAGAAGUUGCCGAUGCAUUGGAGAUUGUGGACAGAACUGGAAAGAUGUUCAAGAUUACCGCACUACCGUUGAGAGAUGAGUUGUUCAACCGUCUUAUUGCUAUGGGUGGGCAGAAAUGGGAGGCAUGGUGAGGAACACCAUAACGUACAUAUGAUUUCUUGUGUUGACCGACUGUUAGCUCUAGGUAUUGGACUGUGGUGAAUGAGCACCGAUGUACGAAAAUGUAUGAUAACGUAGAAACAAAGGUAUACAAGAACACAAAUAUUAUAAUAUGAGCACGAAAUCUUUCUUACUUCGCAACAAGUCUGCUCAGACAUUAUCGCUAUAGCUUUGGUGAUUUAAUAGGAACCGUACGACUCCUACGGUAUGAUGUAUUUCGAGAAGGCACAG